UUAAAGAUGGCGGCAACACGAGCAGUUGCAGCAAUCGUAACAGUAGCAGCUCUCCUUCAUGUAGCCAUCGCCACAAGGUACACAGUCGGAGGGCCGAAUGGAGGAUGGAAUACAAUCACGGACUUGCAGGCAUGGGCAUCAACCAAGAGAUUUGCUCCUGGAGACAGCCUAAUUUUCACGUAUACAUCAUCCCAUGACGUGCUGGAGGUGACAAAGGCAGCCUACGACGCAUGCUCUGCAACCACUCCAAUGGAGUCCCACACCGGCGGCAACACUGCGAUCAAGCUUUCGGCCCCCGGCAAGAGAUACUUCAUUUGCGGGGUGCCGGGCCACUGUGCAGCGGGGAUGAAGCUCGAUGUUGACGUCAUCUCCACCGCCGUGGGAGCUCCACCGCCGAAACACCACUAUCCUCCUGCAGCGCCCAAGUCAACAUCUAACUCGCCUUCCGAGCCUCCCAUGGUUGCACCAUCGAGAGCCCCUUCGGCUUCAUUCCCACCGAUGAGUCACGCGCCAGACGUUGCGCCUUCCAUGACAUCUGCAGCUCGCGGUUGCAAGCAGUGCGCGAAUCUUGCCGUGGGUCUGGCAAUGGGAGUUCUGUUGAUUUUGGCUGCGUGAGGGAAAAGCUGACCAGUGAAAUCAUGUUUUGUGAGCCAUGGGAACUAUACUUUCACUUUUCAUUUCAUUUCGUUGUGUA